GAGCGAAGAUGGCGGCCUAGCGCGGAGCCCGGCCCGGCGCCCUCGCGGCGGCACCAUGACGCGCUGGGUGCCCACCAAGCGCGAGGAGAAAUACGGCGUGGCUUUUUACAACUAUGACGCCAGGGGAGCGGACGAGCUUUCUUUGCAAAUCGGAGACACCGUCCACAUCUUGGAAACCUACGAAGGGUGGUACAGAGGCUACACCUUACGAAAAAAGUCCAAGAAGGGUAUAUUUCCUGCCUCAUACAUUCAUCUGAAAGAAGCGAUCGUCGAAGGGAAAGGGCAACAUGAGACAGUUAUCCCCGGGGACCUCCCGCUCAUCCAGGAAGUCACCACCACCCUGCGCGAGUGGUCCACCAUCUGGAGGCAGCUCUACGUGCAGGAUAACAGGGAGAUGUUCCGGAGCGUGCGACACAUGAUCUACGACCUCAUCGAGUGGCGCUCCCAGAUCCUCUCUGGCACGCUGCCGCAGGACGAGCUCAAGGAGCUGAAGAAGAAGGUCACGGCCAAGAUCGACUAUGGAAACAGAAUUCUUGAUUUGGACCUGGUAGUGAGAGACGAAGAUGGGAACAUUUUGGAUCCGGAAUUAACUAGCACCAUCAGUCUCUUCAGAGCCCAUGAAAUAGCUUCUAAGCAAGUGGAAGAAAGAUUACAAGAAGAAAAAUCUCAGAAGCAGAACAUGGACAUUAACAGACAAGCUAAAUUUGCUGCCACCCCUUCCCUGGCCCUGUUUGUCAACCUCAAGAAUGUGGUUUGUAAAAUAGGAGAAGAUGCCGAAGUCCUCAUGUCCCUGUACGACCCUGUGGAGUCCAAGUUCAUCAGUGAGAACUACCUGGUGCGCUGGUCGAGCUGCGGGCUGCCCAAGGACAUAGACCGACUCCAUCACCUGCGGGCUGUGUUCACUGACCUUGGAAGCAAAGACCUGAAGAGGGAGAAAAUCAGUUUCGUCUGUCAGAUCGUGAGGGUGGGCCGCAUGGAGCUGAGGGACAACAACGCCCGGAAGCUGACCUCGGGCCUGCGGCGGCCCUUUGGCGUGGCUGUGAUGGAUGUAACAGAUAUAAUAAAUGGAAAAGUAGACGAUGAAGAUAAACAGCAUUUCAUUCCCUUUCAGCCGCUCGCGUUGGACGACGCCAUUCGACACAAGCCGCUGAACAUGUCAUCCCGUUUUUCACCCAGGGUGGCAGGGGAGAAUGACUUCCUUCAAACUGUUAUAAACAAAGUCAUUGCUGCCAAAGAAGUCAACCACAAGGGCCAGGGUUUGUGGGUUACACUGAAACUGCUUCCAGGAGAUACUCGUCAGAUAAGGAAAGAGUUUCCUCACCUAGUGGACAGGACCACGGCCGUGGCUCGGAAAACGGGGUUCCCGGAGAUCAUCAUGCCUGGUGAUGUUCGAAAUGACAUCUACGUAACGUUGGUCCAAGGAGAUUUUGAUAAAGGAAGCAAGACAACGGCCAAGAACGUCGAGGUCACGGUGUCUGUGUAUGACGAGGAUGGGAAGCGGCUGGAGCAUGUGAUUUUCCCGGGUGCUGGCGAUGAAGCCAUUUCGGAGUACAAGUCGGUGAUUUACUACCAGGUCAAACAGCCACGCUGGUUUGAGACUGUUAAGGUGGCCAUCCCCAUCGAGGACGUCAACCGCAGCCACCUGCGCUUCACCUUCCGCCACCGAUCCUCCCAGGACUCGAAGGAUAAAUCGGAGAAGAUUUUCGCGCUGGCGUUCGUCAAGCUGAUGCGCUACGACGGGACCACGCUGAGGGACGGGGAGCAUGACCUCAUUGUCUAUAAGGCCGAAGCCAAGAAGCUGGAGGACGCCUCCACGUACCUGAGCCUGCCCUCGACCAAGGCGGAGCUGGAGGAGAAGGGCCACUCGGCCACGGGCAAGGGCAUGCAGAGCCUGGGCAGCUGCACCAUCAGCAAGGACUCCUUCCAGAUCUCCACCCUCGUGUGCUCCACCAAGCUGACCCAGAACGUGGACCUGCUGGGUCUCCUGAAGUGGCGCUCCAACACCAGCCUGCUGCAGCAGAACCUGAGGCAGCUGAUGAAGGUGGAUGGCGGCGAGGUGGUGAAGUUCCUCCAGGACACACUGGACGCCCUCUUCAACAUCAUGAUGGAGAACUCGGAGAGCGAGACUUUCGACACCUUGGUGUUUGAUGCACUGGUGUUUAUCAUUGGCCUCAUCGCUGAUAGAAAGUUUCAGCAUUUUAAUCCCGUCCUGGAGACCUACAUUAAGAAGCACUUUAGUGCAACCUUGGCCUACACGAAGCUGACCAAAGUCUUGAGGAACUACGUGGACAAUGCCGAGAAGCCGGGGAUCAACGAGCAGCUGUAUAAGGCCAUGAAGGCCUUGGAGUACAUCUUCAAGUUCAUCGUGCGCUCCCGGAUACUGUUCAACCAACUGUAUGAGAACAAGGGAGAGGCCGACUUCAUGGAGUCGCUGGUGCAGCUGUUCCAGUCCAUCAACGCCAUGAUGAGCAGCGUGUCAGACCAGACCGUCAGGGUGAAGGGGGCGGCGCUGAAAUACCUGCCGACCAUUGUCAAUGACGUGAAAUUGGUGUUCGAUCCCAAAGAGCUCAGUAAAAUGUUUACUGAUUUCAUCCUCAAUGUGCCCACGGGAUUGCUGACCAUCCAGAAGCUGUACUGCUUGAUCGAGAUCAUUCACAGCGACCUCUUCACGCAGCACGAUUGCAGAGAGGUCCUGCUUCCCAUGAUGACCGACCAGCUCAAGUACCACCUGGAGAGGCAGGAGGACCUGGAAGCCUGCUGCCAGCUGCUCAGCAACAUCCUGGAGGUGCUGUACAGGAAGGACGUGGGCCCGACGCAGCGGCACGUGCAGAUCAUCAUGGAGAAGCUUCUCCGCACGGUGAACCGGACGGUCAUUUCCAUGGGGCGGGACUCCGAGCUCAUCGGGAACUUCGUGGCGUGUAUGACAGCGAUUUUACGGCAAAUGGAGGACUAUCAUUAUGCCCAUUUGAUCAAGACCUUUGGGAAAAUGAGGACCGACGUCGUGGAUUUCCUGAUGGAAACCUUCAUCAUGUUUAAGAACCUCAUCGGGAAGAACGUCUACCCCUUCGACUGGGUGAUCAUGAACAUGAUGCAGAAUAAAGUCUUCCUGCGAGCGAUUAAUCAGUAUGCAGAUAUGCUCAACAAAAAAUUUCUGGAUCAAGCCAACUUUGAGCUACAGUUGUGGAACAACUACUUCCACCUGGCUGUGGCUUUCCUCACGCAGGAGUCCUUGCAACUGGAGAAUUUUUCAAGCGCUAAGAGAGCCAAAAUCCUCAACAAGUAUGGAGAUAUGAGAAGACAGAUUGGCUUUGAAAUCAGAGACAUGUGGUACAACCUCGGCCAGCACAAGAUAAAGUUCAUCCCGGAGAUGGUGGGCCCGAUUCUAGAGAUGACGCUGGUUCCGGAGACGGAGCUGCGGAAGGCCACCAUCCCCAUCUUCUUCGACAUGAUGCAGUGCGAGUUCCACUCCACCCGCAGCUUCCAGAUGUUUGAAAAUGAGAUCAUCACCAAGCUGGAUCAUGAAGUGGAGGGAGGCAGAGGAGACGAGCAGUACAAAGUGCUAUUUGAUAAAAUCCUCCUGGAGCACUGCCGGAAGCACAAGUACCUCGCCAAGACCGGGGAGACGUUCGUCAAGCUGGUGGUGCGCCUGAUGGAGCGGCUCCUGGACUACAGGACCAUCAUGCACGACGAGAACAAGGAGAACCGCAUGAGCUGCACCGUCAACGUGCUGAAUUUCUACAAAGAAAUUGAGAGAGAAGAGAUGUACCUAAGGUAUUUGUACAAGCUGUGUGACCUCCACAAGGAGUGUGAUAACUACACGGAAGCAGCCUACACCCUACUUCUCCAUGCAAAGCUUCUGAAGUGGUCGGAGGACGUGUGCGUGGCCAACCUCACGCAGCGGGACGGGUACCAGGCCCCCACGCAGGGGCAGCUGAAGGAACAGCUCUACCAAGAAAUCAUCCACUACUUCGACAAAGGCAAGAUGUGGGAGGAGGCCAUCGCGCUGGGCAAGGAGCUGGCCGAGCAGUACGAGAACGAGAUGUUCGACUACGAGCAGCUCAGCGAACUGCUGAAAAAACAGGCUCAGUUUUAUGAAAACAUCGUCAAGGUGAUCAGACCCAAGCCCGACUACUUCGCCGUCGGCUACUACGGACAAGCGUUCCCCUCGUUCCUGCGGGGGAAGGUCUUCAUCUACCGGGGCAAGGAGUACGAGCGCCGCGAGGACUUUGAAGCUCGCCUGUUAACUCAGUUUCCAAACGCCGAGAAAAUGAAGACGACAUCCCCCCCCAGCGAGGAGAUCAAGAACUCCCCGGGCCAGUACAUCCAGUGCUUCACGGUCAAGCCCAAACUGGACUUGCCCCCAAAGUUCCACAGGCCUGUGUCAGAGCAGAUUGUAAGUUUCUACAGAGUGAAUGAGGUCCAGCGAUUUGAAUAUUCUCGGCCCAUCCGCAAGGGAGAGAAGAAUCCAGACAACGAAUUUGCGAACAUGUGGAUCGAGAGAACCGUCUAUACAACUGCAUACAAACUACCUGGAAUUUUAAGGUGGUUUGAGGUCAAGUCUGUUUUCAUGGUGGAGGUCAGCCCCCUGGAGAAUGCCAUUGAGACCAUGCAGCUGACCAACGACAAGAUGAGUGGCAUGGUCCAGCAGCACCUGAGCGACCCCAGCCUGCCCAUCAACCCCCUGUCCAUGCUCCUGAACGGCAUCGUGGAUCCCGCCGUCAUGGGUGGCUUUGCCAAUUACGAAAAGGCCUUCUUCACAGAGCGGUACCUGCAGGAGCACCCUGAGGCCCACGAGAAAAUCGAGAAGCUCAAGGACCUAAUUGCAUGGCAGAUUCCGUUUUUGGCCGAAGGAAUCAGGAUCCACGGCGACAAGGUCACAGAGGCGCUGCGGCCAUUCCACGAGCGCAUGGAGGCCUGCUUCAAGCAGCUGCGGGAGAAGGUGGAGAAGCAGUACGGCGUCCGCACCCUGCCCUCGGGCCUGGACGACAGGCGAGGCAGCCGGCCCCGCUCCAUGGUCCGGUCCUUCACCAUGCCGUCUUCGUCCCGGCCUCUCUCGGUGGCCUCUGUCUCUUCCCUGUCAUCCGACAGCACCCCCUCCAGGCCCGGUUCUGAUGGGUAUGCGCUGGAGCCGCUCCUGCCCAAGAAGAUGCACUCCAGGUCCCAGGACAAGCUGGACAAGGAUGACCCGGACAAGGAGAGGAAGGACAAGAAGAAGGAGAAAAGGAACAGCAAGCACCAGGAGAUAUUCGACAAAGACUUUAAGCCCACGGACAUCCCCCUGCAGCAGUCGGAGGCCGUGAUCCUCUCGGAAACGAUAAGUCCCCUGCGGCCCCAGAGACCGAAGAGCCAGGUGAUCAAUGUCAUCGGGGGUGAGAGGCGCUUCUCGGUGUCCCCGUCAUCAUCGCCGACCUCCCAGCAGGCGCCCCCUCCCGUCACGCCCAGGGCCAAGCUGAGCUUCAGCUUGCAGUCCAGUUUGGAGCUGAACGGCAUAAGCGGGCUGGACAUGACGGAGGUCCCGCCCCCUCUGCCUCUCAAGGGCAGCCUGGCGGACUACGGGAAUCUGAUGGAAACCCCGGAGCUGGCGGGGUCACCAACGCCCCCACUGCCGCCGCCUCACCAGAGGCACCUGCCGCCCCCACUGCCCAGCAAAACCCCACCUCCUCCGCCCCCCAAGACCACGCGCAAGCAGACGUCGGUGGACUCUGGGAUCGUGCAGUGACCGCGGCCGACGGCUCAGAGAGCAAGCUGUCCCCUCCUCCGUGUCGUUCUCCGUGUCUGGAGUUUACCUCAUGGGCCUGCGAUGUCUGACGUUUAGUGCAAUUUUGCUUUUCCCUAACAGGACUUCUUUCCAGCCGCGGCGCGCCUGGCCUUGGGGAGCGCGGUGGGGGAGGGACUGGGGCCCACGGCGUGUUUUUCAAAACUGGGGGCUUCUGAGUCUAUCUUGAGAGAGCUUCGGUCUUGCCCAACAGUGCUUGCUUUUUGUGCCAAAUGCCACGCUAGCGGAGAGCUCGGCUGGCCUGGUGGAGUCUCGUGGGCAGGCUGGGCCGGGGCUGUCGCGAAGGGCGCGGUCGUGACCUUGGCACCACAGCUUCUCUAAGCCCAGCCCGGCUUCCUCUCCCAGCUGCCCCCUCCGACCCGCCUCCCGCGGCUGCUGGUGUGACCGCAGGCGGGUCAUAGCCUCAACCCGCAUCAGCAGCUAAGGGCGACCCUUUCAGGGAAGUGAUUCCUCCGUGUAUUUAAGAUAGGAUAUUUCUCAGCUACUGAACAGUUACUAAUUUAUGGAGUGGAAACACCAUUAAAAAUACUGGAUCAAGUGGAAAAGUGAUUGCGAGUAUAGGAAGAUGCUUUUUCUUUUUGAAAAAAGAACACGUAUACCCCGAGAGACGGUUUGGAUGACGGUUUUACAAUCUGUAUCGUCCUCAUUCUGUACAUAGAUGGUUGUAUAUAUGGUGGUUCUUAGAACUUGUUUUAAUUGUUGUCGUCUUUCCAUUUAUUGUAAUAAACAUCCGCAAAUGAUUCUCCUACAUGUUCUUAAUUUUUAACCGCUGGAAAUGUAAAAUAACUCAGCAAGGCUGUCUGUGUCAGGGCUCCUGAAAACAGUGGUGGACAAUGAUUUUUAAAAACUAACUUUGUAUCCCUUAAUAUUUUUAUUCUCUCAUCUAUAUUUUUUUAUUCAUUGUAAUCCUGAUACUCUUCUAGUAGCGUCAAAAGUUAAUCAUUGACGAUGAGAAAUAAAAUGUUAUUUAAAAAGACGCACGCCCGCCGUCUUG